AUGGAUGGUUCCAUCGCCUCGUCGUCUAAUUUCUCUGCUUCCUCAUCGUCUUCGUCCUCAGCAAUCUUUCGUCCCCGCAGAUCUGACGACUGGAAUGAGUACCGUACGGUUAUUGAGCGUCUUUAUCGCGACCAUCAGAUGAAACUAAGAGAUGUGAAACGAAUCAUGGAGCAUGAUUAUAACUUCGUUGCAUCAGAAAAGCAAUUUAAGGACCGUUUGGCGGCAUGGCAUGUCCGAAAGAACAUCAAGGCCAAAGAAGUCCAUGUGAUGAUCCGAAAGCAGCAAAAGCGAGCUGCUCGAGGCAAACAAACCGCAUUUCGAGUGGGUGGUCAGGAAGUCGACUCCAAGCGCAUCGCUCGCUUUGUCCGUAGGUACGGUGCUUCCUGGGACAACUCUCGCAACGAUUCCCAUCGGACAAGUCCUGAACCAGAUACCCCAUCCGACAUGAGUUGUUACACUCCCGAACCGGACGAUCGAUCUGCGGCUUUGUCCCCUCUACCGGAAUCUCAAUCGAUGCACUAUGAAAACAAGUUUGAUCCUCUUCAAAGUCCCGAACUAGAUGACAACCAAUCUUUGUCGGCGGCUACUCUCAGUCCUACCUCGACACAUCCUACACCAAGGCCAGUGGAAGACCUGUCGACUGAAAAUGCUUGGCAGGCUUUGGAUUCAUUUCAAGAUCGCCUUUUAGCCCUCGACAAGAAGCUCGAGGAGAGCAUGUCGAAUUUCAUUACACCCGGAGAAGAAUGCUGA